AUGCUGGAGUCUUUCCUACUGACACCAAAUGCCCCCUGUUAGUAGAGAAUAGUCUUCCAGUACAAAUACGUACAAUGGGGUGAUGAGGCAACUAUGGGUAACUGAGCUGCAGAGGCACUGAGGUGAGUCGAUACAAUAGUAACAUUCAUUUUAGGAGUGCAAUAAAUAAGAAAUGUUAAAUAAAAAUCUACAAGUCUGUACUUUUCCAGGCCCCUUACAUGCCUCUAUCUUCUUACUGACUUAGCAGAAUAUGACACAAUGCAGCUCUUUCAGUAAGUGAAGAUCAUGUUUCUUGGGCUGGGCAGUUCUCCCUUACUCAUUGGGCUGAAAGGAAGCCAAAAUCCAGUCUUUGGUGUUCUCAGUUUCUAGGAGGUUUUUAGAAGGAAAUCAGUGCUUGUAUCUCCUCAGCCCAUGUAUAGAGGCUGUGCCAAUUUCCAGAAUAGGCUAAUACUCCAUUUGCAUGUAUUUUGCACUGAGUGAAAGUCAAAAGUGAAGAAGUUAAAAUCUUUACACCUGCAAAGUAUACUUCCACCGUAGGUAGCUGUCUUGGUAUUUGACAUAUCAGAAUGUCAUGUGGGACUAAAAAUUAGCACUGCACAAAAUCAAUAUGGCACACUCUAAAUCAGCUAAACGGGAUAAGAGAUUUCCAGCUAGUUGUAAAUACGGAAUCGUCUAGUGUGGUCCUGCAUUGAGCUGUUCUCAACCAGUGCUCUUUAAUAUCUGAAUCAAUGAUCUAGAAGAAAAUAUAAAAUCACUGCUGGCAAAAUUUGCAGAUGACAAAGAUUUAUGGGGUGAUAAUGAUGGGGGACAAGUCAGUUGUACAACAGUAUUUGAAAUACACAGACAGCUGAAUUUAUCUAAACGGUGUUUCUAUACAGCCAAAUGCAAGGUCAUACAUUAGCAACAAAGAAUGUAGGUCACAUUUAACAGACUGGGGAGCUGUACCCUGAGAAGAAGUGACUCUGGAAAGGAGUUAAAAGGUUAGGGUGGAAACAUGAGCUCCUAGGGUGUAGCUGUUCAGUUCUGGUGGCAACAUUUCAAAACCAAUGAUUAUGAAUUGAAAAGUUGUCAGAAAAGUAGUACAAGAAUGCUUUGAGGUCUGGAAUACUUUCCUUAAUGUGAGAGACUUCAAAAGCUCCAUUUACUGAAUUUGUGCAAGAGAAACUUAAGAGGUGACUUGAUCAUGGUCUACAAGAUAGCGAUGCUUUUUUAAUCUAGCAGACAAAGGUAGAAUGAGAUUGAAAGGCUGGGAGCUGAAGCAAGACAGAUUUUUACCAGGAAGGGCAACUAAGCAUUAGAAGAACUCUAGGGGCUGUGGUGGAUUCUCAGUUACAUGGAGUCUAACAGACUUGCUGUAGCUCAACCAGAUGUUCUGGGUGGGAUGGAGGAAUCCCUGGCUGAGAUUCUCUCCCCUGGGCUAGGCAGGAGGCCAGCCUGGCUGGUCAGAAUAGUCCCUUGUGCCCUUACUCUAGGAAUUAAACUGGUCUGACUAUACGACAGGUUUAAGGAUUUAUCGUGCUGAACACCCAUCUUCAGAAGCCUGACUGUGGGGCCUCGGAAGCUUGGGGACCAAUUGAAGUGGGUGGGGGGAAGAGAAUGCUUUUAAUUAACAAAAACAAUAUACAAAUCUGACCCAAUUAUUCAGAAUAACAGCCUGUGUCCCAGAUGUAUUGUGACUGGCUAUGUUCAAAGGGUGAGCAACCACUCACGGCUCACUUGUGACUAAAUAUCGUAUCUCAGCUGAAGCUCAAGCAGUGUGUGCGUCAGUUGUGCCUGUCCAGGGCUAGGGACAAACACAACCUGGCAGCAAAGGGCUGAUUUGGACAGAUGAACAAUAAUCACAAACUAUCAUGUGCACAAGGUGCUCUCAUGGCUCCAGAGAGCCUCCUUGUGGCAGGCAUUCCAUGCUCACUGGCCAAGAACAAAGGGGCAGUAAUGCCAGGCACACCUCAUACUCUUCUGACCACUGCACAGCAGCUCCAGACAUGCCAAUCUUAACUCAGAGUUCAGUAAAUUAAUGGGAAUAGAUUAUAAGGCUGGAAGGCACCGCUAUGAUCAUCCAGUCUGGCCACCUGCAUCAUACAGGCCUUAGGAAGGGACCUCAAGAUCCUCUAGUCCAGCCCCCUGGACCAAGCAUACUUAAGCUGACCAUCCCUGGCUUCCCUGCAUUAAUUCCUGUUUGAACUAGAGCAUAUCUUCUAGAAAAGCAUCCACCUGAUGGAGAAUCCACCACAACCCUUGGCAAGUUGUUCCAAGGGUUAAUAACCCUCUCAGUUAAAAAUUUCCUUGUAUGAAUUUGUCUAGCUUCAGUUUCUAUCCAUUGAAUCUUGUUAUACCUUUGUUUGCUCAAUGGAAGAACCCUUUGUCCAAUUUCUGUUCUUCGUGUAGGUACUUACAGACUUUGAUCAAGUCACCCCUUACAUUUUUCUGGGUUAAACUAAAUAGUUUGAGCUCCUUGGGUGAAAUCCAAGAAGAUACUUGGGCAUUGCAAUGUUGAGCAUCACCGGGCCUAGGAAAUCACAGGAACAACACUGCAAUCCCCAAAGCCUGAGUUAGGUACGUAGCCUCCCUAUAUGAUGAAUAGGGAGAGAUGGGAGCCUAAGAAUGCAAUCCCCUAAAGCCAGCAUGAGAGGGAGGGAGAUGCCAAUGAGAAGGAUGUGUACUAAGUCCAUCCCUUCUCAGGCACCCAUGUCCAGGCUGCAAGGAGUCUCCUGUCUCUGCUUAAUGAUCCAUGAAUCCUGCCCUUAGAGGCAGGUGGCUUAGUAUCCCGAGUGUUUCCACACACAACAGCCAGAAGAGGAGAUGGUGCCCAUAUAACUUUUAAGCCAGUGGUUAGAGCAUUCAGAUGGGAUGGGGGGGAGCUGGGUUCAAUUCCCCCUUCUUUGCCAGAGUUGGAGAAAGGAUUUGAACAGGGGUCUCCCACCUCUCAAAAGAGUGCUUGGAUAGGGAAGCUAUAGGAUAUUCUGAUGUGGGCUCCCUCAGCCACUCUCUUUGAAGCUGUUCCACUGUGGAUUAAAUCAUUGAAGAGUGACUGGUGCAGGGGGACUGUACUUGGAGUCUCCCACCUCCCAGGGGGUGGGGUAUGCCCUAACUACUGGACUGCAGAGUCAUUCUCUCACUCUCUGGCCUUUUAACUACUAAGUAUUAUUCCACCGUAUAAUAGAACUAUCACCACCUCUUCCUCCUGGAUUUUGACUGGAAUCCGAUCCAGUAGGCAGCCUCUGAGCAUGCCUACCGGAUUAGGUCCUGCAUGUGACUUUAGACAGCCAAAUGGUUGUCUUGCCUGGGUUGUGAAUCGCUCUGGGGCUUAAGUGGGAGACAGGCAUCUGGACACCUAGAGGGGAGGCAGCAACACCUCACAUGUCCAGAAAUAGAAACAUAGGUUGCGAAGAAACUUUUCAGGAAUGGUCUAGAUCAGUGGUUCUCAAACUUUUGUACUGGUGACCCCUUUCACAUAGAAAGACUCUGAGUGCGACCCCUCAUAAAUUAAAAACACUUUUGAUAUGUUUAACACCAUUGUAAAUGCUGGAGGCAACGCGGGGUUUGGGGUGGAGGCUGACAGCUGGCGACCCCCCAUGUAAGAACCUUGUGACCCCCCGAGUGGUCCAGACUCCCAGUUUGAGAACCCCUGGCCCUGCCAUGAGUGCAGUGGAAUGGACUAGCUGACUUCUCAAGGCCCUUCCACUCCUAGGACUCUGGGAUUCUUGAACUAUGGACGCCAGAACUGGAGGCAGUACUGCAGCAGUGGUUGCACCAGAGCCAAAUACAGGGGUAGUGUAACCUUGCUCCUUUUACUCAGUAUUCCCAUUUCUACCUCCAAAGAUCGCAUGAGCCCUUUUGUGCACAGUGGUGGCCGGGGGCUCAUGUUCAGUCGAUUAGUCAUCAGGACUCAACUCUUUUCCAGAGUCACCACUUCCCAGGAUAGAGUCUGCCAUUCUGCAAAUACGGUCUUCAUUCUUUGUUCCUAGCUGGGGAAGGACAUUUGGCCAGAUUAAAACACAUAUUGUUUGCUUGUGCCCAGUUUACCAAGUGGUCCAGAUUGCUCCAUCAGUGUCAUCCCCUCUUCAUUAUUUACCUCUCCAUCAGUGUUUGUGUCAUCUGCCAACUUAACCAGGAAUGAUUUUGUUUUCUUCCAGGUCACUAAUAAAAAUAUUAAAUAUCUUAGGGCCAAGAACUGAUCCCUGCAGUACACCCCUAGAAACAUAGCUGCUGGUUGAUAAUUCCCUGUUUAGUUACAUUUUGAGAUCUGUCACUUUGUCAAUUUUUAAUCCAUUUAGUAUGUGCCUGUGACACAGGGCUAGCUGUGUGUCACAUCUGAUCCACAUGUGGCCUCUAGCCAAGCAGAGAUCCUGACACUGACCAACUCUAAUCUUGGGGUGACCCAUCCACCAAGCUGGACACAGGGCCUGAAUCCGAUAGACUACUCUGAGCCUUAGGAACAGGCUCUGACUAACUAACCUCUCCCAUCCCCAUCAGAGAUGGGGUCUGACAGUGAUGUCUUUUGCUUACUGCUAGAGCCAGACUCUCAUGUGCUUCCAACCCCUUUCCCAGCACUGUGCAUUGACAUUGAUUCCUCCACCCAGGUGCAGAUAGGAAGCCAGACAUGGGACUGGCAGAAGUAGCAUAUUCAUUAGCAAAAAGAAAAGGAGGACUUGUGGCACCUUAGAGACUAACACAUUUAUUUGAGCAGCAUCUGAUGAAGUGAGCUGUAGCUCACGAAAGCUUAUGCUCAAAUAAAUGUGUUAGUCUCUAAGGUGCCACAAGUCCUCCUUUUCUUUUUGCAGAUACAGACUAACACGGCUGCUACUCUGAAACCUGACAUUCAUUAGUGUUUGUUUGGAUUUUCCUGGCUUCCCUCCUGCCCCCCAUGGUGAGUGACGCUUGUAUUUCCCUGGGGACAUGCACUUUGAUCCAUCUCCCAGGGGAUGGGCCAGGAAUAAAAUUCAAUUCAGUGAGAUGUUAUUGGAAAGACAAGCUGUACAAGUGCUGCCAAAGUGUAAGAAAGAGCCAGACACCCACUUCACCUGCCCUUGGUCAGAUGUGUGUGUAACUCUCCCAGGAUGAUGUCAGAUACCAUGUGUGGGGUGUAAUCACAUGUCUAGUCAUUACCUUCUGUUCCUGACCUGGCGGCAUGGGCUCCAUAGCAUGGGGCUCUCUGCUUAUCUCUAGCACCCACGGGCAGGCACAGAUUUCAUUGAUCACCCUUUUAUGAGAUGUCUUCUAUGGUUCUUAAUCAUCUGAAGGAAUCUCGCUCUCAUCUGUGGGACGUUGGAUAGAAAGCACCUCAGUCUCUCCUCCAUCAUGUUGGCUACACAGUCACUCCUCUCUGGGUUAAGACUGCUUUGUACCUCAUCUCUACCACUAGUUUGUGGUCACUGAUUCAUCCCCAAGAGAGCUCCAGAGACAUCCCCGCAGCCCUGCCUAUCCCCCUGAGGGUGAAGGGAUUCACACUGGCACCAAACACCAGUGGUGUCCAUGGAGGCACUACUGCCAUAGAGUUCACCCCAGUCUUUGCAAUGUGUCCUCUUUUUGCAAGUGGGACAUGACUCCAGAGAGGAGCCUGGGCUAGUUUGGAUUGGGGAUAGGGUCACGCUGGCUUGCAGGGGUCACCUCACUGCAAUUGUUCAGCUAUAGGGUCAAUGUUUCAUUAUUGCACACAUACUUUGGCACUAGCUGGUUCCAGCAGCUCUUGGGGGAAGGUUGGUUGGUCCCUCUGUUAUGAUUUACAAUCUUCCCACUGAGCAGGGGUAGAUCUAGGGGACACCUCUCCAACACCCUGUGCAGACCCAUCCUGGUUCUGUUGAGGACAAACCCCCAAUCUUUUGCCCUACGCUGGGCUGGCGGAACCUGGCUCUCUCUGAGAGGCUCAGGGCUCUGCCUUUGUUAGACUUUGGCAGUUUGCCAGGCCAAUAAAAUUUCAUUGAACCAAAUUAGUUUCCUCUAAGUUCCUCUCUGGGCUGGUGGGGCUCUCACCCAAGGAAGAAUUGCUGGCUGGAUCCACUCCGGGAGCUCCUCUGAUGAGGUUCAACAAGAACAAGUGCAGAGUCCUGCACUUAGGAUGGAAGAAUCCCAGGCACUGCUACAGACUAGGAACUGAAUGGCUCGGCAGCAGUUGUGCAGAAAAGGACCUAGGGGUUACAGUGGACGAGAAGCUGGAUAUGAGUCAACAGUGUGUCCUUGUUGCCAAGAAGGCUAAUGGGAUUUUGGGCUGAAUAAGUAGGGGCUUUGCCAGCAAAUUGAGGGACAUGAUCAUUCCCCUGUAUUGGACAUUGGUGAGGCCUCAUCUGGAGUACUGUGUCCAGUUUUGGGCCCCACACUACAAGAAGGAUGUGGAAAAAUUGGAAAGAGUCUAGCAGAGGGCAACAAAAAUGAUUAGGGGACUGGAACACAUGACUUAUGAGGAGCGGCUGAGGGAACUGGGAUUGUUUAGUCUGCAGAAGAGAAGAAUGAGGCGGGAUUUGAUAGCUGCUUUCAACUACCUGAAAGGGGGUUCCAAAGAGGAUGGAUCUAGACUGUUCUCAGUGGUAGUGGAUGACAGAACGAGGAGUAAUGGUCUCAGGUUGCGGUGGGGGAGGUUUAGGUUGGAUGUUAGGAAAAACUUUUUCACUAGGAGGGUGGUGAAGCACUGGAAUGGGUUACCUAGGGAGGUGGUGGAAUCUCCUUCCUUAGAAGUUUUUAAGGUCAGGCUUGACAAAGCCCUGGCUGGGAUGAUUUAGUUGGGGAUUGGUCCUGCUUUGAGCAGGGGGUUGGACUAGAUGACCUCCUGAGGUCCCUUCCAACCCUGAUAUUUUAUGAUUGAUCCUUAGUGGUCUCACCUGUGGCAGGUGAUACCCUCACUAUAUAGCCAUCUGUAGUGGUUUGCAGCCUGGCUUGUGAUGUCUGGAGAGGUAUCAAGAAUGAGUGCAGAAGCUGGGAAGAAGCGAGGCCGAGCCCCUGCCUCUGGGGACAAGAAAUCUAAGAGGAAGGUGAAGAGGAGGGAGACCUACUCAGUCUAUAUCUACAAAGUGCUGAAACAGGUUCACCCUGACACGGGCAUCUCCUCGAAGGCCAUGAGCAUCAUGAACUCCUUCGUGAACGACGUCUUCGAGCGCAUCGCCACGGAGGCCUCCCGCCUCGCACAAUACAACAAGCGCUCCACCAUCACCAGCCGCGAGGUUCAGACUGCCGUCCGCCUGCUACUGCCGGGGGAGCUGGCCAAGCAUGCCGUGUCCGAGGGCACCAAAGCGGUCACCAAGUACACCAGCAGCAAGUGACCGCCAGGCCAGCGUGCAGGGCGCCGGUGGCUCUGUCCCUGCCCCCGGAAUAAA